GUAGGUGCUCUCUUUACUGUACAUAGAAUUUUUAAGUGAAAUAUGAUUAGUGCUGAAGAUCAAAACAACAGCAAUAACAAUAAUAACGAUAAUAAUAACAAAAAAAAAUUUGGUCAGAAGGGUUUUGUGGCAGUAAAAAAAUGUAGUGAAUGUGGCGAAGCAAUAGCGGCAGCCUUGAGACAAUGCCCUUUCUGUAAAAGGGAUUGCAUCAAAAGGAGAAAGGUUGCAAGCAACAAAACUUGCAAUCUUACAAGAAGUAAGAGGAAGAGCGAAGACAUUAGCAAUAAUAUGAAGGAUGUCCUCGGUUACGAUGUUGCAGUUGUGUAUGUGCGAAAAACACCAUUUAAUCGCACAUACAUUGACAUCAAGGCAACAAACGGUCGCAUGACCGAUUUCCUAUUUAUUGAUGGUGUGUUUACCAGACAAGGGCAAGCAUUGUCAAAGUUUUUUGAAAGUCUCCACAAAGAUCAAAAGAACAGUACCUCAGCAAGCAACAGGCAUCCUCAAAAAAACAACAACAUUCAAAAUGAAGAGUGUGAAAGUGAGCAAUGUGAUGGAGAGGAACAUGGGCAGGAUGUACAGCAGAUUGAAAGACUCGAAGAAGAGGUGUGUGAUCAAAAUACAGAUACUGAAGAUGGAAACGCUUUUGACUUUUUAAAAGAAACUUAAAGCCGUGGCAUUCGUCAGUUUUAUUGACAGAUAACAUUUUGGUUUAUUUUGUGUUGUGUUUUUUUAUUAUUAGUAUUAUUUUUUUUUGUGGGGGGGGGGGGGAGUUAUGUCAUA